GCGAAAGCGACCUGGGAGCGCCUGGUAAGCGGUGGGCCGCUGCCGGCCUAUUUGGGAAGCAGCGAGUGACGACCACGAGCAAAAGGGGAGAGCCCAGAGAGGGAGUGUGGGAGUCCAGGGCUGCUUCUAAGCAGUCUGGAAUAAUUAAGUAAAAGGGCCCUCACGCGGCUCCAGAGAGCUGGGUGGGAGGGAUUUCGGAAGUCGGCGCAGCCCAGAACUAGGAGCGAAGGGUACGGUACGGGAGAUUAGUGCGGGGAGCGUUUGGGAGGGGCUGGUGAGUACUGCGUGGGAGAUCUUGGUUUGGAGUUUCCUACAGUCCUUACCCCCGUUGGGUAGAAUCACACUGCUCACCUUUGUGCCCGUUGGGUGGAAUCACACUGCUCACCUCUGUGCAAGAAACAGUGUCUCCUGGGGCAAGGAAGGAGCCAGGAUGGCUUGGGCUCUGAAGCUGCCUCUGGCCGAUGAAGUGAUUGAAUCCGGGCUGGUGCAGGACUUUGAUGCUAGUCUGUCCGGGAUCGGCCAGGAACUGGGUGCUGGUGCCUAUAGCAUGAGUGAUGUCCUCGCAUUGCCCAUUUUUAAGCAAGAAGAGUCAAGCUUGCCUCCUGAUAAUGAGAAUAAAAUCCUGCCUUUUCAAUAUGUGCUUUGUGCUGCCACUUCUCCAGCAGUGAAACUGCACGAUGAAACCCUGACAUAUCUCAAUCAAGGACAGUCUUAUGAAAUCCGAAUGCUAGACAAUAGGAAGCUUGGAGAACUUCCAGAAAUUAAUGGCAAAUUGGUGAAGAGUAUUUUCCGUGUAGUGUUCCAUGACAGACGGCUACAAUACACUGAACACCAGCAGCUAGAGGGCUGGAGGUGGAACCGACCUGGAGAUAGAAUUCUUGACAUAGAUAUCCCAAUGUCUGUGGGUAUAAUUGAUCCUAGGGCUAAUCCAAACCAACUAAAUACAGUGGAGUUCCUGUGGGAUCCUUCAAAGAGGACAUCUGUAUUUAUUCAGGUGCACUGCAUCAGCACCGAGUUCACCAUGAGGAAGCAUGGCGGAGAAAAGGGAGUGCCGUUCCGGGUGCAAAUCGAUACCUUCAAGGAGAAUGAGAACGGGGAAUAUACUGAGCACUUGCACUCAGCCAGCUGCCAGAUCAAAGUCUUCAAGCCCAAAGGUGCAGACAGAAAGCAAAAAACAGAUAGGGAGAAAAUGGAGAAACGGACACCUCAUGAAAAGGAGAAAUAUCAGCCUUCCUAUGAGACAACUAUUCUCACAGAGUGUUCUCCGUGGCCCGAAAUCACAUAUGUCAAUAAUUCCCCAUCACCUGGCUUCAACAGUUCCCACAGCAGUUUUUCUCUUGGGGAAGGAAAUGGUUCACCGAACCACCAGCCAGAGCCGCCCCCUCCAGUCACAGAUAACCUCUUGCCAACAACCACACCUCAGGAAGCUCAGCAGUGGUUGCAUCGAAACCGGUUUUCUACAUUCACAAGGCUUUUUACAAACUUCUCAGGGGCAGAUUUAUUGAAACUAACUAGAGAUGAUGUGAUCCAAAUAUGUGGCCCUGCAGAUGGAAUCAGACUUUUUAAUGCAUUAAAAGGCCGGAUGGUGCGCCCAAGGCUAACCAUUUAUGUUUGUCAGGAAUCCUUGCAGUUGAGGGAGCAGCAGCAGCAACAGCAACAGCAGCAGAAGCAUGAGGACGGAGACUCAAACGGUACUUUCUUCGUGUACCAUGCCAUCUACCUAGAAGAACUGACAGCUGUUGAACUGACAGAAAAAAUCGCUCAGCUUUUCAGCAUUUCCCCAUGCCAGAUCAGCCAGAUCUACAAGCAGGGGCCAACAGGGAUCCAUGUGCUCAUUAGUGAUGAGAUGAUACAGAACUUUCAGGAAGAAGCCUGUUUUAUUCUGGACACAAUGAAAGCUGAAACCAAUGAUAGCUAUCAUAUUAUACUGAAGUAGGUGUGGUGCAUUCCAUCCUCGGUGGCUGCUGCUUCCUUCGCCUCUUGGAAACUCCCCUCUUGAAGAGAUCACAAAUGGAGAUUUGAAGGUCUGCGGGAACCUGACCCAUCUGACUGCUUGGGGGGAGUCCAGGCCCUGGAGGCAGAAUCCCAGUCAUCUGUGUUGGUCCAAGCUCUGUGGCACACAGAUUACUGCCCAACAUGCAUCUCUGCAGCUAUUUCUUAGUUAAAAUAUCUGGACCGCGUUGUUGAGUAUCAGUGGAAACUCCUCAUCAUUCGGGGUGUAUGUAGAGCAUAAUGAUGAUGAGAAUUGUGUGGUGUUUAAUGGAAAGAUGUUAAAUUUUGUGAUAUGGAGCUGUGUAAUUUUUUUCUAAUAUAAAAAAGUGAACAUCUAUAUUCAUAAGACUACAUCCUCAUUUUCUUUUGCAUCAGACAUAUACUGGCUUUUUACCAUCGUAGGCCCCCGAAAACCUCAUCAAAGAGAAAUACUGAGAUAGACUAGAAUUUUUCCUUUGGUUCCCCUGUAAUACUGUGACUAAUAGUAAUUUUAGCUAACAUUUAUGGAGCAUGCAUUUGUGCCAGGCAGUGUGAUAAAUUCUUUUAAUGGAUUAUCUUGUUUAAAUCCUCUUAAUAAUCCUAUGUGAAGUAGGUAAUAAUGAUCCUUAAUUGAAGAUGAGGAAAUGGAGACAUGCAGUGGCUAAGUAGCUUGCUGAACACUGGGCAGCCAGCAGGUAGUGAUGCUGAAAUCCAAACCCAGUCAGUCUGGGUCUUACUAAUCGCUGCCCAUUACUGCCACCCUUGCAGUCCUGUUCGUGGCAUCGUUUCUUACUGUGGCUCUUCCAGUGAAUGGGACAGAACACUGGGUGAGAACUGAGUAUUUAACCACUUAAAGGGACAAACCACACCUAAUUAACGAUGAACAAAUCAAAAAGUACGUACAAAAAAAACACAGGUGCUUUGUAAGCAUCAUUAAUUAUCAGGUCAUGGAAUUUGAGGUGGUGAAAACUAGGGAUUUUCUGCUCUUGGAUGACCUUCUCAAACUAUUUAUUAAUGAGAUAGACUACCCCCUCCCUUUCCCCUCUGCAUUUUCUCUUGGUAUAUGAAGUUCUUUUAUUCGUGUAGUAUCCUUUAUUUGCGCUUUACAAAAAAAAUCAUUCUGGUCCCAUUCACAUUCUUACUAUAUAUUUUUGUUCUUCCGUAAAGAAUGAUUGUGUGUGUGUUUACAUGUGUAAGAAUAUGGGUCUUUCUUUUUCACAUGUAAAGUUUCAUCCAGAAAUCCCUUUACACAUUAUGUCAAAGUGAAAAAAGAUAAUGUUCAAAGAUUAUGUAUUGGAUUUGGAUCUGUGUGUGUGUGUUUUUAAAGCAUUUGAUAAAGUUUAAAUGUUUUUAUACAGAGG